AGCUGGUUUGUUUUUGAGAGAAAUUAAGGAGGUGAGAGUGAGGCAGCAGUGCCUCUCUCACUCUCUCUUAUUCUGCCUCUCUACUGCCUCACUCACACCACCACCAUGGAGAAGAACACUCUUAGAGAUAAACUAGAUGGCAAUGAGCUGGACCUCAGCAUGAUGAGCCUCACUGAAGUGCCAGUUAAAGAAAUUGCCGCACUGCCAAGAGCCACCAAGAUAGAUUUGUCCAACAAUCAACUUGCAUCUUUGCCGCCCUGCUUUGCCCAGUCAUUGGGCAAUAUCACCCACCUAGAGUUGGGGUCUAAUAAAUUGCAGGAAAUACCAGCAAAUUUCUUCAAAUUGCAGAACUUGAAACAUCUUGAUCUCUACAACAAUCAGUUGACAGAUUUGCCUUUGUCUUUCUGUCAACUGCGUAGUCUGAAGUGGCUGGACCUGAAAGGCAAUCCUCUGAAUCCCUCCCUGAGAAAGAUAGCUGGUGACUGUCUAAACCAGAAGGAAUGUGAAGCUGCAGCACGCAACAUUAUUGCACAUCUCAAAAAGCUACAAACGCAAAUGGAGACUGAAAAACAGGAGAAACUAAAAAAAGAAAAAGAAAAGGCAGAAGCUCUAGCAAGAGUAGAGGAGGAAAAGCUUGCUAAAAAGAGGGCAGAAAAGAAAGCUGCCAGAGAAAAGAGAAAAGCAGAGCAGCGAGCUCAGCAAGAAUCUCAAAAGAUGGCCGUGAAUGGGUCAGCAGGCACAGAGAAACAGUACAACGCAGUGCCUAAGCCUGCUCCACCUGCACUCAAACAUAAGAAAACUAAAUCAGGUCGUUGGUCAUUCCUGGCAUGGAUGAACAUGCUACUGUUUUUGUGUCUUCUAGGCCUGACUGGGUUGGGUUUAUAUGUUUACACUGAUGGCAAUCUUACUCCUGAUGGCAUUGCAGCUGCCUUACCACACAUUAUAGAAAAUGCCAAUAUCCUUGCAAGUCUCACAAUUGAAGCUUUCUAUCCAGAAAACUUAGCGCGAACUGGACAAGCCGUAUUAGAAUCUGUAUCUGAUGCAUGGGCCAUACUCGGGGAGCUUACCAGAGACAUAAGUAUCCAUACACAGCCUGUUAUUAAAAGUGUGAAAGAGGGAUGGUUAUGGUUGACAGAAGUUACCUUGUGGAUUUACAACUGGAUCAUCAAUAACAUAGACUGGGAGUCUGUACUUGAAGCAAUUAAAUCUGCAGGUAUUUUCAUGUAUGAGCAGUGGUUGGUGAUAUACGAGGAAUUGAGAAGAAACGAGGCAUUAAUGUCAAUCAUAGCAAGAGUUCGGACUUACACUGCAGGUGUGGAAGAAUACUUUGGUGUUAUGUGGGGAUUUAUUUUGGAAAGAAUCUGGUUUAUUGUUGAAUAUAUACAGGAAGAAGGUCCUGUUAAAUUUGCAGCAGUGAAAGAACAAGCUACUGCUGCAUUAGAUUCUGCUAAACAGUCCAUUGAAGGACUUGUCAGAUAAAAUUAUACAUGUUGAUUUGUCAUCUCCCAUAAAUAUUUUGAGGCAUUUCAACACAAUGACAUUGUUAAUCAACAGAAUUAUCAGUGUUACCUAAACUAUUAUUUCCAUACUGCAUAGUUUGACAUGGAGACUAUUAUAUAUCUUCAAUAUAUAAAUCCUAAUUUGAAAAGCUCCUUUGAAAGCUGUGAUUAAGGUAAUGGGAAUGUGUUUUAUCCUGUGGCCUUGACAUCUUUGACCUCUCGACUGAUGAUCGAGAUACAUACAAGGAAGUUUGUCAGCUUUCUUUUCUAUUUUUACGUGUUGUAUACAGUAUUUGUACAUCAUGCAUAAAUUAAGGUUUGUUUUUUUUAGUUGCCAUAUAGAAUAUCCUUGGUUAAAAAUUAAGCAGUACAAUUAGUUGUAUCUUGAAACACUUGUAAAAAAUACUUAUACACACAAAAUUAUUGGAUAUUUGCCUUUUACGAACAUUUUGAAGAUACAUACUAUAGUUUUUUCUAAUGGUUUAGAAUGCUCAUUAUAAUGUUGAGAACUGCUGUAUUUCAUUAAUUUCCUGUUAAUUUUCAGUAUUACUACUGAUGCUCAGUCUUAACAUUAAUAUUGGGAAGUUCAGGGUGUCAGCUUGUGUAGUACAGUACCUGUUUUACAUUUAAUAAAUGCCCUUUCAAUA